CGUGGCAAUAAAGAAAACCAUCACCUCCUCCACCUCAACUGCGGCACACCCUCCUCGAGCCCUCGCUCGUUAUAUAACACAAACCGGAGUUGCACCACCACACCACAAAUACCCAGGCACACGCCACCGAGCUGGCUGCUGGCCUGGCCUGCUUCCACUCCGGCAGCACCAGCAACGGCUGACCAGGAGGAAGGAGCACACGCGCGUGGUUGUUGGGUUGUGGUCAGCGCGCGGCAGGGCUUGAUCGUCGAUCGGAAGAUGAGCAGGAACAACGGCAAGGUCGGGUCGAAGCUGCAGGAGCUGCGGCUGAGCCUGUCGCGGUCGCGCGGGGGGCCGUCGUCGGGGGGCGCGACCGGCCAGGGCGGCGGCGUCGGCGUCGGGGGCGGUGGCGGGGCCUCGCCGAGGCGGCUGUCGUCGUCGUCGUCCUCGACGGCGUCCCCGCCGAGCUCGUGCGUGUCGUCGGAGGGGAGCCCCGAGGCCGCCGGCGCGCCGAUGAUCCUGGCGGGGUGCCCCCGGUGCAUGAUGUACGUGAUGCUGUCGCGGGAGGACCCCCGGUGCCCCAAGUGCCACAGCACCGUCCUCCUCGACUUCAACGACGGCCCCGGCGCCAAGAGCAAGGGCAGGCGCGGCUGACGACGCCGGUGCGCGCGGCGGAGCCAUGCGUUCGCCGUGGCCGCCGGUAGCGGCGGACUGCUACCGCUAUCAUCGUCAUCAGUCCUAGUACCAAGUUACAAGUUGUGCGUCCGUGUUCGAGUUCGAUCAGAAAAGGGAAUUAUUGCGUAGACCCGUUCUUCCAUGGACCAGGUUGGUAUUGGUAGCAGUGGAAGCAGCAGCAAGCUCUGAGCUGCGCGUGCCGGACAUUGGGGGGGGGGG